AUGGUGGCCGUCGAAGACUCAUUCAUCUCUGAUGAAGAGGUAGAGUACUGGUAUCUAAACGGUAGAUGUCCUGGCUGUCGUAGACUUUACGAUGAUGAAAGCGUGGAAUACAAGACCUUGACAGCUGAGGAGUACAAAAUGCAACAGCUCAAGAGAGAAAAGAGGGAACGUGAGAAGAAGCAAAAGGAGAAAGAGAAGAAGGAGCUGGAGAUUGCAUCCAAGAAACACUUGGCCGGGCUUCGUGUUGUUCAGAAAAACUUACCCUCCGUGUGCCCAGAAGAUUUGCAUUCCGUGUUACGCUCUGACAAGUACUUUGGACAGUAUGGCAAAAUCACGAAAAUUGUCAUCAACAAAAAGAGUCCCGGUGGUGGCGGUAAUGUCCCUGUGACCUCGAGCUCGCAGAGUAUCGUUGUCUACGUCACGUUUGCAAAGAAGGAGGAUGCCUCCAGAUGCAUAGCCGAGCUUGAUGGCUCCUUAUGUGAUGGCAGAGUCCUCAGAGCUGCGCAUGGUACCACCAAGUACUGUCUGUCCUACCUCAGGGGCCACCCUUGUGCUAAUCCAAAUUGCAUGUUCUUGCAUGAGCCUGGUGAGGAGGCAGAUCUGUACACGAGAAAGGAUUUGCUGACACAGCAAGGUAUUAAGAUGGGCAUGAGUGGAUCUCGUGGCGGUCAACAUCACCAAGCUGAUGACGAUAACCAGCUGGAGCCAGAUGAGCAUCAAUCGACUAGUAACCAUCAUCAAGCAUUUCAAAACAGCACUACUCCUAAUAUCACGCAUGCUGUGGCCUCAUCAACGGGUGUUGUGCCAUCUACAGGCCUUUCAUCCGUAGGUGCCGGAGCCACAUUGCCUGCAACCGCCCACUGGGCUAAAGCACUGGGUGUCGAAUCUGCUCAAGCGUCGCCUCUGGUCAACAACAACGCUCCUAUGACGAACACAGCAGCAUUUCCGUCAUUGGGAGAGAUUUUCAAAGAGCAGAAACAGAAGAAGGAUGUCAAGCAGAAAACAAAGGGCAAGUCAAACAAAGAUGGGCAAUUGUUGCCUGAUGAUGUGGAUAUUGAUGAUAACUCUGCCGUUUCGUUUGCUGAGGAUACAGCAGAAAGAUUGAAGCAGCUCGCAGCAACUAGACAACAGUUGAAGGUUCACUUUGACGACUUGACCGCCAAACCAGACCUUUUGCCCUUGUUCCAUUUCAAUGAGUCCUGCGCUAAUAACACAUGCACCCUUGAAGAGGAGAAGGUUUUUUCUCGUCUCAUCAUUGAGCAGUAUUUGUUGAGACCAAUCAAGAAAUACCAUUUGGCUUACCAGAAUCACCCAAUCAGCCAACAGCAACAAUUUUUGCAUCAACAAGCCCAGUUGCAACAGCAGGCUCAAGCUGCCCAACUGGCUCAAACACCAAACUUGAACUCGUCUCGCUUGCAGCAGUUGGAGCAACAACAGCCACAAGGACAGGUUCCACAGUUGCAAGCACAAACACUGGGACAACCUCCAGUCUCUGAUUCUGUUUUACAACAACAGCAGCAAUUGCUUUUGUUGCAGCAGCUUCAGCAGCAGGCUGCUCAGCAGGGAAAGCAACAGCAAACUCCAUCGCAACUUUCUGCGCAGCUUAACCAAUUGAGAAUGAGUGAGAGAAGCAAGACGGCCACUCCACCACCUCCUGGCUUGUUUGGCAAGAGCACCUCUGAAAGUUCCCAGCAGCCGCCCGCCCCUGCGAAUCAAUCCUCGAGCUCUCAGUUGUUGACCCAAUUGAUGAGUGGAAAGAAAUAG